AUGUGUAGAGUUAGUAAAGGUCUGUCCCUUGCUACGUCGUCUGGGCGUAGUGAGCGACGUGUGCGUCAUUUCCAUGACAACCGCUGGGGCUCCGAGCGACGACAACGACGCAACAUGGACGACGAUCAGAGCGCAGAAGAGACCGCGUUCGUGGUGGAUGAGGUGAGCAGCAUCGUUAAAGAGUCUCUUGAAGCAGUGAUCGGGAGGAACCCGUAUGAGCACAAGCGUGUGAAUCAAUGGACGUCCAGUGUGGUGGAGCAGUGUCUGGGUCAGAUCAGUAAACUGGGCAAACCCUUCAAAUACAUCGUCACAUGCAUUAUAAUGCAGAAGAACGGCGCAGGACUGCAGUCGGCCUCUUCGUGUUUCUGGGACAACACUACAGAUGGCAGCUGCACGGUCAGAUGGGAAAAUAAACACUUGUACUGCAUCGUCAGUGUGUUCGGACUCGCCAUUUAGUCUCACGUCAGACACACACACACACACCCCUCCUGCCUGUGUUCACAUUCACACUGCCAUCAGACGGCAUGUAAAG